UCUUGAUCAUUUUCCAUCUCUGCUUCAGAUCCCUCUCGUCCUCCUUCUCAGCCAGCCUCGCGAUAUAAUAUUUCUCGCCGAUAACUCAUCACUCACCAACAGCACCGACGACAAGGAGAACGUCUUCUCAGUGCUGCAUUCCUCUCACUCAACUCCUCCAUUUCUACGACGAUUAGUCCCACAACGAGCCAAUUGUGCGAAAGAAGAAACACUCUGAACAAGCAAAAGAGCAAAUCUAUAACCCUUCUCCUAUGAUUUGAAUUUAGUGAGAACCAGUUUUUCUUCUCACCCACCGUCAUCACAGCCAUCAUCAUCAAUAACAUUUGAACUCCUUUUGUGUGCCUUAAUCGGGGUAAGAAAGUGGACAACUGUUCUCUCAACAAUAAAGUAGUAGCUGCCGCUUGGUGGUGAAAACUGGCUCGUUUUUGACGAAUAAAAACCAACAAUGCAACAAAGUUUGAGAUUGUUGGGAUGAAAAAAAUAAAAUAAUGCAUUCCAUUAUUGCCGAUGAGGAGCACACGAUUCACAUUUGACUUCAGCCGUAGUAAGUAUAUACGAAGGAACAUAAAUUUUCUCCUGGGAAUUUGAGACAGACAUGAACGGACCACCACCACGGCUGCUUAAUCGUAGCAUUAUCGCAGUAGUAGAAGUUGGGAAGGAAAUGGGGAUACAGUUUCCACCACCACGACUGCUUCAUCACCACCACAUCACGUCGGUAUUUCAGUGAGAUGACAUAGGAGAAAGCAGACGAAGAAAACAUUGUGUUGUAUGUAAUGCAACAGCAGCAGCGGGGCAAGGGUAGACGUUCCGGUGGUGGAGAAAGCAAUAUAGGAUCCCACCUGCCUUUGUUCUGCUCUACUUUAACACUCUCAUCCAUCAACCCUUCCCAACAUAAUUUCCCACUUGCUUAGUUUAGCACCCAAUUACUCAUUGUGGUGCUUCGUGGUGUGUUUCGUGCAGUAGUGAACUCAUCCAACAGACUGGAGUCAUUAACUCUGUGAUGAAUAUUAUCUUCUGGGUAUAAAACAUUCAACCCGUGCUACGAUUCGGCUCGGCGUGCUUAAUCUUUAAUCUAUGUGGGUACCAGGUAAAAACUUUGUUGAGAUUGGUUUACCCCGUGAAUGAUGGCACAACAGAGACAAAGUAUCUUCACCUUGGGUAGAAUCCACCACCUUAAAAUGCUAAAUAUCAGCUCCUUUGCUCAAACAGAGUUUUUCAAAAUUAGUCGAAACGAAAGUGAUUAAUACCGUGUGUACUCCACAUCUGUCAUGACUUGAACUUGUUGAAAUGCACACAGAACUUGAACAUUCUUCCUCCAACCUGUCUCUCGCCCUCUCAACUAUUUAUAAACGGCAGCCCAAAUCAUUUAAAACUUGGUGGUAAAGAAGUUUCCACCACAAAAUAAAUGCAAAAUGCUGACUGUCUUCUUCUCCCUGCGUGGAAUGACGUUGCCGUUGCCGUGUCGUCGUUUUCGUCCUUCGACUUGUAGUUCACCUCAACAAAGGAGAAAAGGAGAACACAGCGAGAAGAACUACAUAGCACUAUUCUGACUGAGAGUGAAAUUAGUUAGACUUUUACCUUCGCCCACAUUCUUCUUCUAGAUGACUGCGUGGCUGUAUGCAGAGCAGAUUUAACACGAGAGUUGCAGCAGAAAAGGGGCUUGAGCUCGUGUCGCACAAUUACCACAGUACUGACACAUUUAACUUAUUGGCCCAUAAUCACCUGCAAGAAAUUGUCACCCAUUUCCGGCGUCACUUCCCAAGCUAUUAAUGACUCCAAGUUGGACGAUGGGUGGAUCAAGACUUAUUUUUGUUGUGGGGUCACCGGCGACGAACGACCAACCUCUGAAAUAAUCAAGUCGAUAAGUUGUGUCUGUCCAUGCGAGGAAAAAAGGAGUACAACAGAAAUAGUAGUCCAAUCAACUUGUAAAGUGACCACUAGAUCAAAAAAAUAUGAACUUUGUGAGAGAAACGUCCUUCCAUCAAGACGCGGACGACCCCAAGAAAAGAAUUAAAAGUCACAGCAUUUCCGGAAUGAUGGACGAGUACACAUCCCGACCGCAUCAGCAGAUGAGACAACUGUCUCUGGAUGAGAAGAAGUUUCUGCUCGCCGUGGAACGUGGAGAUAUUGCGACGAGUCGUCGGAUGUUGCAGAAAGCAGCAGAGACUAUGCACGUUAAUAUAAAUUGUGCUGAUCCGCUCGGGAGGUCAGCCCUCUUGAUGGCAAUUGACAACGAGAACUUGGAAAUGGUGGAGUUGCUGUUGGAAUAUCGGGUCGAGACGAAGGAUGCGCUCCUCCACGCCAUUUCCGAAGAGUAUGUCGAAGCCGUGGAAGUCUUAUUGGAGCAUGAAGACGCGGUUCACAAGCCUGGAGAGCCACACAGCUGGGAAGCUCUACCGCCCUCGACGGCCACUUUCACCUCCGACAUCACCCCACUCAUCUUGGCUGCUCAUCGAGAUAACUAUGAAAUCAUCAAGCUACUUUUGGACCGAGGAGCCACACUUCCGAUGCCACAUGAUAUUAGAUGUGGCUGCGAUGACUGUGUUAACUCGAGACAGGAGGAUUCCCUGCGACAUUCGCGUUCUCGAAUCAACUCCUACCGAGCCCUUGCCAGUCCGUCUCUCAUCGCGCUGUCGUCCAAGGAUCCCAUCCUCACCGCCUUCGAGCUCUCCUGGGAACUCCGCCGCCUCUUCUUUGCGGAACACGAGUUCAAAACGGAGUACAUGGAGCUUCGGAAGCAAUGUCAAGAAUUCGCAACUGCCCUUCUCGAUCACACCCGGAGCAGUUAUGAGCUGGAAGUAUUGCUUAACCAUGACCCUGGAGGACCAGUGUUUGAGCACGGGGUUGGUGAAAGGAUGAAUCUUAAUCGACUCAAGCUUGCAGUCAGGUUUCGCCAAAAAAAGUUUGUUGCUCACCCCAAUGUCCAGCAACUGUUGGCCUCCAUUUGGUACGAAGGACUGCCCGGAUUCCGCAGGAGAAAUAUGCUCUUUCAGGCGCUGGAAGUGAUUCGCAUCGGACUUCUCUUCCCAUUUUUCUCCCUGUGCUACAUCAUUGCCCCAAAAUCGUCGUGGGGCCAGACAAUGAGGAAGCCUUUUAUAAAAUUUAUUUGUCAUUCCGCUUCCUACUUUACCUUUUUGUUUUUGCUAAUACUCGCAUCUCAACGAUUCGAGACAUUUGUGAACGAGUGGGUGGGAGUGGAGACGGAGUGGGUCUCUACAGAUGUGACCACAAAGCGAGGCGCUCCUCCAACAAUCGUCGAGUGGUUCAUACUAGCUUGGGUUUUUGGGUUGAUUUGGAGUGAAAUAAAACAACUUUGGGACGUUGGACUGCAAGAAUACGUCAGCGAUGUUUGGAACGUGCUAGACUUCAUAACGAAUUCGUUGUACGUUGCUACGAUAGCUCUUCGAAUAGUCGCUCACGCUCAGGUGAAAAGAGAGGAGGCCAAUGGUAUCGAUACUCGCACCCAAGGUCGAGAAGAUUGGGACGCGUGGGAUCCCAUGUUGAUAGCAGAAGGAUUAUUUGCUGCUGCAAAUAUUUUUAGUUCUUUAAAACUCGUAUACAUAUUUUCCGUCAAUCCGUACCUGGGUCCACUACAAAUCUCAUUGGGUCGAAUGGUGAUGGACAUUAUGAAGUUCUUCCUCCUCUACAUUCUGGUCGUCUUUGCUUUCUCCUGUGGUAUGAAUCAAUUACUCUGGUAUUAUGCGGACUUGGAACACGACAAAUGCAGGAAAUUGCUGGAGUUGAAGCAAAUGGAAGCAGAAAAUGCCACAGAUAGUAAUCCUUACGCAAAAGGUGUAUUUCACAAUGAGAGAGAUCCCGAAGGAUGUAUUCUUUGGAGGAGAUUUUCCAACUUAUUUGAAACAAGUCAAACCCUUUUCUGGGCAGUGUUUGGCCUCAUCGAGUUGGAAAGUUUCGAUCUCGCCGGAAUAAAAAGCUUUACUCGUUUUUGGGGCUUGUUAAUGUUUGGAUGUUUUUCCGUCAUCAACAUCGUCGUUCUUCUCAAUCUACUGAUUGCCAUGAUGAAUCACUCGUACCAACUCAUCUUUGAAAAAUCGGAUGUCGAAUGGAAAUUUGCAAGGUCAAAACUGUGGAUCAGUUACUUUGAAGAGGGUGCCACUGUUCCUCCUCCUUUUAAUGUUAUCCCUGCUCCAAAAACGUUUAUCUACUUUUUCAAAUGGUUUUGCAAAAAGAUGUGCAAGUUUUCCGUGAAAGCAAAAAGGGAGCAUAUCAAAACCAUUCGGCGGAAAGUGCAACAGCAGAGCGAAAGAGAUGUACGAUAUCAGAACAUUAUGAGGAACUUGGUGCGACGCUAUGUGACAUCUGAGCAACGACAAGCGGAUAACCAAGGAGUCACUGAGGAUGACGUUAAUGAAAUUAAACAGGACAUUUCUGCAUUCAGAUGCGAGUUGCUGGAAGUUUUAAAGAAUUCCGGGAUGAACACCACUUCUGUGUCUGGAUUGGGAGCUGGUUCUGGUGGGAAAAAGAAUCGACAGCGAGAGCGAAGGCUGAUGAAAGGUUUCAACAUCACCCCCGCACCAGCAUCAUCCGUUUCAAUAGCGUUGUCCGACGUGUUAGAGAUGGACCCACUGCAGGAAAUUGACUCCACCCAUUUCGACAAGAAAUCCCCCAAAACGCGACUUGCACGAUUAGCUCGAAUGGCGAAUGCCAAAAGAGAAAUGUCAAAGAAAAAGUGGGGAACUCUAAUUGAGGCGGCAAGAAAUGCAGGAAUGUCGAAGAUCAUAGGAAGAUCGAGGUCAGAAGACUCGGUUUGUUCCAACUGCAGUCAAGGGAGCUCCGCCGGUGCAGUUGCAAGAAAGUUGAGACACACUUCCACAACUACAGAUCACGGUGGUUCCAAUUCGAGCAUAAAUCGGGACAAUGAUGGGAAAAAGAAACGCGAACGGUUUGCCCGAAGCAGAUCAGGGGCCGCACUCCCAAUGAGUUUUACCAGAUUACGAUUUCGCAGCAGUGGAAAAAGCAGCAGGGCGUCCGGACUGAGUCAAAGUUUAGACGCUGGCGACACGUCCGAACUAGGAGACGAUUCUUUUGACGAAAUUAAACCUGUGAAACGUACAACUUCCGCCCCUUCGAGGGAAGGCUCUGCAACUCCUCCUUCCGAACUGCCACCGCCACCGCCAUCCGGCUUAAGCUCGUCGAUCCCACACUCGCCAACAAUUUUGGAGGAACCUGUACAAGUCGCGGAAGUGAAGGCAUCUCCACAUCAAGCACACAUUUGCGUAAUGUUGGAGCAAGACGUUUGCGACAGAGUAGUAUUAAAUCAAGACCGGCCCAAAAAACCGAAUGGCUCCACUGCCACGACUCCUCCCACCACAUCCACCACGACAACCACGGCAGUGACCGCACCAUCCAAGUUGCAAGGGAUAGUGCAACCCUUGCGACCUUCCACGUCGUCCGGUUGGUUAUGAAAAUCGUCACUAUUUUGCGUCACUCUAUUCCAAAAAUCUUUGUUUUGCACUCUCGACGACACGACAAGAAUCCAUUUGUUGUAAUUCACCACCACUCCGUUGACUGUAGUUAGAUAAAUAGUUUCGUGAGAAUUUAUAUAUAUCGCAAAUUAUAAUAGUGAAAAUUCAUAAAAUGUUUAAGGUACCUGCUCUUCAUAGUCUGUAAAUGAUGCCGCCGUCGUUAUCAGACUAAUUUGAGGCGAGAUUUGGCCUCAUAUGUCAAACAAAGUUUUUUGAAUUACACAAACUGUGUGAUAUUUAUUAUUUAUGAUGAGAUAAAUUGGUGUCUCUAGGCUAGCCAUUUAUCAUAAUGGGGUAGAAAAUUUACCACAUUGAGAUUUUAUAUAUAUAUCAAAUUUCCAUUAAGUAUGUGCCCCGUGCCACAUACCUCCGCUAGUCGUGUUUUGAUUAAUUAGCACAUCUCACUUGUACCUUAAUUAUCUAGUCAAGUAGAUAGAUACGAACUCGGAUGAUCCUUUUUGCCAUUUUCCAUCCUUUCCAGAUAUUCUGAUCUUUCUGAUGUUAGCAUUUGUUAUUAUCUAGAAGCCAAGCGUCUUUGGCUUUCACUACCAUUUCAAAUUAUUCGGUUGACUGUACCACUCCAGGAAAUUAAUUGUUUCCAGAUUGGUUAUCUACUUAUCACACUCUUUUCACCUAACUUAAACGAGUCAAGUUUUAUUCGCCGUUAAAAUUUGUACAAUACCGAAACUAAGUAAGCUCUCUUGCUGUUCCAUGAUGAAAAUGUUGUCAAAACUUUGUUGUCAAACUUUCACUUUAUAUGUACAUAAACAUAUAUCUAUUGUAAAUUCAAACUCAUCAAAUUGUGCUCAUCAGAUUCCAGUGAUAACUUGUUGAUCCCACUAUGCUACAUACAACAAGUACAUAAAUUUAGGAUAUGAAAAGUAUCCACUCACAAAGAUUCGCUAUUUGUACCGUCUGUCUCCUAUGCUGAACCUCGACAAGCUUUAUUGGAUCUAAAUGUAUAUCUCCCUAUCUACUUAUGCCUCACAUUCUUUGUAAAGACACAACUGGAAAUGUGAAACCUGGACCAUUCUUCAGACAGACCAGAGUUUGCGGAUUAUAUUUCGGCCUGGUUGGACGAUAAGUUACGUAUGUAAUAGCCACAGCAUGUAUAAUUACAUUGUGCGAUACUUUGUAAAAUCAAUGUCACAUUUUAAUAACUGCACUUAACCUCAGUAGAAUGUAGUAGUGAGUCGUUUAAACAAAUUGUAUUUUCAUUCCGAGGAAACGUACAAAUGGAAAAAUGUGUGUAAUAAUCUGUCUGUAGUGACACGUUUCAUUAAUCGAUGAGUAAAGGUGAAGAUUCUAUUCAUUUCUA